GUUCUCCUGCUGCUCUGCUCCAUCUGGAUGCAUGGUCCUGGUCCUGAUGCGGUUGUCAUGGGUGAUGGUGUGGGGCUUCAGCUUCCUGGGGAUUACUCCAUCACUGGCUGGUUUCCACUCCACAACACUAAGUAUGAGGAUACCGGUCAACCCUAUCUUGGAGACUGCAAAGAUGGCCUCGAAAACAAGCACGGCUAUCACUUACUGCAAGCGUUGAGAUUUGCUGUGGAGGAGAUCAACAAUGGCACGUCGAGCCCGGCCCUCCUCCCUGGGGUGACGCUGGGCUACGAGGCCUACGACACCUGCUCUCGGCCAGCCAGCACACUGGCCACCGUGGACCUCCUGCAGCAACAGCAGACCAGCGGGGGAGGUGUACAGAGGCCAGUGGCUGUGGUGGGACCGGACAGCAGCAGCUACAGCUUCGUCCCAGCGGCGGCCCUGGGAGCUUAUCUGGUGCCUCAGAUCUCUUACGAAGCUUCUAAUGAGCUGCUGAGCAACAAGCGCCUCUACCCAGCCUUCUUCCGCACCAUCCCCAGCGAUAAGUACCAGGUGCACGCCAUGAUCGAGCUGCUGGUGCGCUUCAACUGGACCUGGGUGGCCCUACUGGGCAGCAACAACGAGUACGGCCUGCAGGGCAUGCAGAGCCUGUCGGAGCUGGCGGCGGGCUACGGCAUCUGCGUGGCCUACCAGGGCGUGAUCGUGGCCAACAGCGACGCCGACACCAAAGAGCAGCUGGUGGGCAUCGUGCAGGGCAUCCUGAAGACCAAGGUCAGCACCGUCGUGGUCUUCUCCAGCAAGAGGAUCGUCAGCGGCUUCUUCCCCGUCGUCAUCGAGCAGAACGUCACCAACAAAGUCUGGAUCGGCACCGAGGACUGGUCCGUCGCCACGCUGGUGUCCGGCAUCGAAAACAUCCGCACCAUCGGGACGGUUCUGGGCGUGUCCGUGCAAAGCUCGACCCUCUCUGGUUUCGGGGAGUUCGAGGAGCAGUCCCUCUCCGUCCUGAACGACACUCAGGAGGGCGCCAAUGUCAGUGUCACAGCGCACAGUGCCCCUUGUCUUCAGAACACUGAUCUCAUCACCAUGGCGACACAGAACUACCCUCUGCUGAACUACGACCUCAUCUCCUCCUUUAAUGUCUACAAGGCCGUGUACGCCAUAGCGCACGCACUGCACGACGCGCUGGGGUGCAGCAGCGAGGGGGGAUGCCAGAGGCGGGACGUGGACCCCUGGCAGGUUUUCCAAGGGUUGAAAACGGUCAGAUUCUCCAUCAGAAACACUUCAGUGUACUUCGAUGAGAACGGGGAUCCUCCGACGGGUUAUGACAUUGUGACCUGGGAGUGGGCUGGGGAUGAGUGGAGGCUGCGUACGGUUGGAGAGUACCUCCCUGACCCACCGGCGCUGACCGUCGAUUCAACCAAGAUACCGUGGUGGACCGGUGACAUGGUGCCUGAGUCCCUGUGUUCUCCGGAGUGUCCUGAGGGCUAUCGGAAGCUGAUGACCGGACAGCACAAGUGCUGCUUUGACUGCAUGGCCUGCCCCGCGUACACCUUCCUCAAUGACACCGGUGAGACCAGCUGCCCGUCCUGCGAGGUGGACGAGUGGUCGGUGGAGGCGAGCGAGGCGUGCUCCUCCCGCACCCUCCUCUUCCUCCCCUGGCACCACCCGCUGGCCAUCGCUCUGCUCCUCCUCCUGGGCGCCACCCUGCUCCUCACGCUGGGCACCGCGCUCCUCUUCCUCCUCCACCUGGGCACGCCCGUGGUCAAGUCGGCCGGCGGCAAGACGUGCCUGGUGAUGCUGCUGGCCCUCACGGCCGCGUCCGCCAGCACGGUGUGUCAUUUCGGGCACCCGAGCGCGCUGGGCUGCCUGCUCAAGCAGCCGCUGUACGUGUUCAGCAUCACCGUGUGUCUGUCCUGCAUUACCGUGCGCGCCCUGCAGGUGGUUUGCAUCUUCAAGUGGUCCUCCAGGCUGCCACGCUGGUAUGAGACCUGGUCCAAGAGCCACGGGCAGGAGGCCGUGAUCGCCGCUGUGUCCGCCGCCGUGCUCCUGGUGUCGGUCCUCAGGACCGCCCUGGACCCACCUCAACCCAGCCUGGACCACGCCUUCUACCCAGACCGGACGGUGGAGGAGUGCAGCAAGACCAUGUCCCCCGGGGCCUUCGUGGAGCUCUUCUUUGUGGGCAGCCUCAGUCUGCUCUGCUUCUGCCUGAGCUACAUGGGCAAAGACCUGCCGGCCAACUACAGCGAGGGCAAGUGUGUGACCUUCAGCCUGAUGAUGUUCAUGUUGUCCUGGAUCUCCUUCUUCACCUUCUACAGCAUCAACAGGGAGGAGUACUCCAUGGCCAUGCACGUGGGCGCCAUACUGGUCAGCGUGCUGGGCAUACUGGGCGGCUACUUCAUGCCCAAGGUCUACAUCAUCCUGUUCAAGCCCCAGAUGAACACCACGGCCCACUUUCAAAACUGUAUUCAGAUGUACACCAUGAGCAAAGAAUGAUUACACACACACAUUUAACUUACCACUUGAUUUCUUUUUACAAUGUUCAUUUAUCAAGGGUAUUGUUGCACUCUAGAUGUUUAGAAAAAUAAGUAGGUACGUGGACCCAAAAAAGUACAGUUCAAUGUAGGAGCAGGUUUGUGCACUAAAUAAUACACCAAGGUCAAAAACACAAGGUUUUUUUUUUUUUUUUCUAAGAGCAGAGUAAAGCAGACAUUUCAGGUUUUUGCCAUCAUCAGUGCUCUCUGUGCUCGCCCACAAUGUUCAUUUGAAAAGACAAAUGUGCCCAAUAAUAAAAGUAAUAGUAACAAAAAUAGUAAAUGUAUAGGAUUUGUUACUGUUCAAGCCAAAUAUGAACACCACAGCCCAAUUCCAAAAUUGCAUUCAAAUGUACACCAUGAGUAAAGAUUGAUAACAUAUUAUUGUGGCAAGUGGUAGAAACCCAUUUACAAUGAUAAUGAAUUAUGUUUAUUUUAUUUAAGCUAUAGAUUAUCGCCCCAGCCCAUUUCCAAAGAUGGGUUCAAAUGUACAUGUUGAGUAAAAGAUUAUCACACUUGUAUCAAAGCAGUACCAUUUGCGAUUAUAAUUGUAUGUUACAAAUGUACCAAAUAAAAUCCAUUACAAAAAUGUAGGAUUUGUUUGGAUAAUAUAACAAGUAUGCUUGAAUAUGGUUUGCUGUCAGGAAGGCUUGAAUCCUCUAUCUCAAAAGUUAUCUUUUUGUGCAUUCCUAUCUUGCGUUUUCUCUAAACAUAAAUUACACAGCAUAAAACUAUCUUGUGCCUGCAUGCUGUACCUUGUAGAGAAUCAUUAUGUAG